UUGAAAAGCAAAUAUUCUUCGAUCGCGAGGCAAGAACAUUGCUCGUCGUUGCUGGUGCUUAAUAUAAAAGAAAAAAAAAAGAGCUAGAAAAUCGUGAAGCGCUUUCAGUUUAGUUUAAAAUAAAAUACGAAUUAUUUAAUUAUUAAUAAAAGGAAAUCGUUAUUGAAAUUAAACCAAAGACGUCGUAUUAGAAGUAAAAAUGUUUUUCCUAAUAUUCUAUGUCAUAUCUGGAAUAUUCCUGGUAGCAACAGUCACAUCCUAUGCUAUAAUCAUUUUUAGCUGUCAGAAAAAAGCUAAUCUCAGAAUCGAGAGCGAGAAUUCAAUAAAAGCCAAACGCAAACUUCUACAAGCACCUGGUCCACGUCCUUGGCCGAUAAUCGGAAAUUUAGAUAUAAUUGGACAAUUUAACAAUCCGUUCCAAGGCUUUGGAGCAUUGACAAAGAAUUAUGGCGAUAUUUACAGUUUAACACUAGGACAUACGCGCUGCCUUGUCGUCAAUAACUUGGAUUUAAUAAAAGAGGUCCUUAAUAAGAACGGAAAGUUCUUUGGUGGGAGACCAGAAUUUCUGCGUUACCACAAACUUUUCGGUGGCGAUCGCAAUAACUCUCUUGCUCUUUGCGACUGGUCACAGUUGCAACAGAAACGCCGGAACUUAGCCCGACGACACUGCUCUCCGCGUUCGUCAUCCUCGUAUUUCGCAAAAAUGUCCCAAAUCGGAUGCAAUGAAAUAACAAACUUACUGGAUAACUUAAAAGCAUCUGUAGAGCCUGGUAAACCCUUUGAUUUGAAGCUAGUUAUACUUAAGGCAUGCGCUAAUAUGUUUAGUCAAUACAUGUGUUCCAUGCGCUUUGAUUAUGAGGACAAGGAAUUUGAACAAGUCGUGCAGUUUUUUGAUGAAAUCUUUUGGGAAAUAAACCAAGGACAUCCAUUAGAUUUCUUGCCAUGGCUCUUACCAUUUUACAGCAAACACACGAAAAAGAUAUGCCACUGGUCCACCACAAUUCGAAAAUUUAUUUUGGAACGAGUUAUAAAUAGAAGAGAAAUCAAUAUCGAUUUAGAUGAACCCGAUGUCGACUUUACAGAUGCACUCCUGAAGAGUCUCAUUGAAAAUAAGAACGUGUCGCGCAAUACGAUUAUUUUCAUGCUGGAAGAUUUUAUUGGAGGUCACUCAGCAGUCGGAAACUUAGUCAUGCUAUCUCUCGCCUAUAUUGCCAAGGAUCCUGAGAUUGCCAAGAGAAUUCAAUGCGAAGUCGAUUACGUGUCCAAAAACAGUCAAAAAAGUAUUAACUUGCACGAUAUGGAUAAAAUGCCCUAUACCAUGGCCACAAUAUUCGAAGUCCUACGUUACUCGUCGUCUCCGAUCGUACCCCAUGUAGCCACCGAGGAUACGCAAAUAUCAGAUUUUGGUGUUACUACAGGCACCAUUGUUUUCAUUAAUAACUAUGUGCUCAACACGAGCCCGAAGUACUGGAAGGAUCCCGAUCAAUUUCAACCCGAAAGGUUUUUGGAAGAGAGAGCGAACACACCGUCAACUCCGCCUAUAUUUCAUGGAAAGCGAAGGUGCUCCGAAGAAUCCGAUUCAGGUAUUGAGUUCGAAAAGGACGUGAAAAUAUACAAUUCAUCUAAUGAAAAUCCAUAUACAAAUAAACCUAUUCAACAAGAUACUACUAAAAUGGAUUCCGGACCUAUCAAAUUGCAGCUUAAAAAAAAUAUUCCACACUUUUUGCCCUUUAGCAUUGGCAAACGCACGUGCAUAGGACAAAAUUUGGUGCGCGGAUUCGGAUUCAUUUUGCUGGCCAACAUUUUACAAAACUAUAAUAUCAAUUGUAGUAAUCUUGAGACGAUAAAGAUAAAGCCAGCGAGUGUAGCACUCCCUGCAACUUGCUUUCCAUUAGUACUGACUCCAAGAGCAUAAUGUUCGAAUUAAUGAUUAUAAAAAUGGUUGAAAUGGUUGUAUCACUAAAUUUUAUUAAAUAUUAGAUUCCAAUCGCGUAGCCUAUGUAGAUAGAUAUAUUAGAAACUCAAUAUAAUCAAACUUUAUAAUUGGAUAUAUUGAACAUUUCUUUUAAUAAUAACAAUAAAACAAUAAUUUAUUAAACAUUCAAGUAAUUCUCAUAAAUAUAUCAUUAGUCGAUACACAUAGCGACAUCACGUCUUUAGGCAACUACUACUAUAUAUAAAUAAAUAAUAUCAAUAUUUAUACUUUAUCCAUAUACAUAUAUAUAUAUUUGAAAAGUGUCUGGAAAAUUCAAGUCUCAAUGAUUAAAGAAAAAUGGUUUCUUAUAUGUAUUAUAUUUUGUCUACAUAUUGAAUCUCUAAGUACUCUUAAAAAAUAUAACAUAUCUUAGUUCCUUAAAUCGUGUCCAUGCGCAGAUACAACAAUAAGAGUUCUUCGAAAGACUGAAAACGUGUAAUUAUUUAUGCUUUUAAGUAUUUAAUUAGUAUACUAAUAAAAUGUAUUGGAACCCUAUCACUUUUA